GGCGUGGUCUGCGGUCCAGUGUGUGCGCGAGGAGCUUUAAACACCUUAACUAAGGAGAGCAGGUGGAAGUUAAGGCGGCGGACCUGAAGAAGAGCGCGCGCCGCGGCGGAUCACAGAGCGAGCCUGUAGCAGCAGGAGGAGGAGGAUGUCCGCGCACGAUAACUGCGAGUCCGAAACUGAAAUUAAAGCCUGCAGUUUUAAUGCUGAGCCAGCAGAGGGCAGGUCAGAGACCAGAGAGAGAGGCAGUGAAUCACCAGCUUUUGGACAGAGAGGCUCUGGUUCCCCCAGCGAAAGCAUGAUGUCAGAUGUUGAGGAUGAGGCUCGCCUUGAAGACAUUACAUGCGUUGAAAUGGAAAAUGACUCCCCUGAUGAGGACGAGAUUGUGGCGUCAACACAAGUCUUUGGAGCUGAUCCGUUACGAACUCUGGGAGAAAUUCUAGCUUACUGUCAGGUUAUGUAUGGGGCCAUCCAGAAACUGGACGAGAAGUUUGAGGUGCUGCAGGCCAGAGUAACAAACAUUCAGGUGGACCAGUCGAGCCAAAAGGUUUACUCCCCAAACAGCAUAUACAGCUUCCACUCUCAGGUGAAUGGAGAGGCGUCCAGUUUCCCAAACUUGCUGCAGCACUCUCCGUCUUCCCCUCCUCCUGAAGACGACACAGACUCCCCCAGCCUCCUUCUCAUUCCAGAAAACCCAACAUCCCCCUCCCUCUCAGCAAACAGCCCACCUUGCACUGUGAAAAAAAUGUUCCUGAAAAAGCGCUGGAAGAAGCCGGAGCGUUCACACACCAACAGUUCAGCAGCAAAGACACCAGCAGAGCACGCAGGAAGUGAGAAGUUCGUGCUCCCCAACAGCAUCAUACGGAAGGCCGGCACGAUGCCCAGGCCCACGUCAGCCGCCCGCUUCCUCCUGCGCAACGUCUUCUCCCACGAGGAGCUCCUGCACAGCAACACCAAAGGAGACCCAGCCAGAGGCCUGAACAAGCUCGACCCAGCCAAGAUCAGUGCCAUACGAGAGUGGCUGCAGAAGAAGUUUCCCAAACACGACCUCAGUGAAAAAGGUAAAGACUGGAGGGCCUGUGUGACUGUGAUGAACAAAGGAGCCAGGUACGUCCGGGUGAUGGACAAGAAACGCAAGCCUGGACCAAUCACAGAUGAUCAGGUUAAACCCGAUUCACCACUCACGCCCAUGAGGACAGCGGAGAUUGACGUCGAGCUGUCGGACAGUGACAACGAUCACACUCUGCAGAAACAGAAAGUGUCAAAGGGCAAGUUCAGAGUAGAGGCUGAUAGAAUGUCGGAUAAUGAAGAUACAUUAGAUCCAGAGGCUCAAGUGUACUUGGGUUGUCCAGACCGUCAGGUGAAGGUUCCCCAGUUUGCCCUCUACAUGGCCUGGCAGCGGCCCAGUGCUGCUCUCGCCGCUCGCUACCUCAUCAAGUUCAUCUUCUCAGAUGAAAUUCUCGUGAAGAGUAACGUCUACGGGAACGCGGAGUACGGAAUGGAACCGCUGGACCACAACAGGAUCUCAGCACUGCGGGAACAUCUCUGUGAUCGCUACCCUGAGCUGAAGCUGAAUGAAGACGGCCAAGACUGGAAAUCUUGCGUUGACGCCAUUAACAGUUCCAUCCGAAAGACCAGACACAAGCACAAGAAACUCCGACGCUGAGCUGCAAGCCCAAGAAACAUCCCAUACGUACCUUUCCCAAAACCUGUAGCUCUUAGAACUCUCAGUCUUAUUCUACUGUCAGAAUGCAGCCAUAUUGGAUCUGUGGAGAGGACACAGUCUGCACUGUUAUUUGCAAGUAAGAGAACAGAUUGGAUUUGUGUAUCUAGACAUCACUAACCUGUCUGCAUGGAUUGCUGUGAUAAGGAGGUGGAGGUCAAUAUGAAACCUUUGGAGAGCUUCAUGGAUCUCUGCACUUCAGUCUCUCUGGAUUUCAUUAGGUCAAUGUUUAUUGGUCGUGGCGAGAGUGUUGCAACAGCUACUCUAAAAAUUCUGAUUUGAGCUUCCAAACCAUGAUACCAAGAUCUGUAUAAAUCCAAUUGUAGUCACAGUCAUCAAUAUAAGCCCCUUCUCCAUUUUUUGAUUCAUGUUAUGUUUAUUAUAUUUAUAUUUAUUUAAAGGUUUUAUUUCUUCAUUAAUCUUGCAGUGGUUUCUAGUAUGAAGGCUGUUUUAGUUCAGUGGAAGAGUGGGCAGGGGAAGAACAACAGGAUUUCAUCUCUCUCAAAUAUUCUUGAUAUGCAACAGUUUUUCAUUAGAAACCUAGAAUGUGCUUUUUUAAAAGAUUUAUUUCCUCAUUGAUGAAGGCCUUUGAAAUAAAAGAAUAAAAAAUAAAUAAAUAAAAGACUUCCCUCAAAAGAGAUAAAUGGUCAAUAU